AUGCUUCAGGAAGAAGUCCAUGAAGGUGGACUUGAGGACAAAGUUCAUGGAACUUUCAUUCAAUAUUAUGGUGAGAAUGAUAUCGGAAAAAAGUGGGUUGACAUUCAAGGGGUAGAGAAGAAGAUGAUGAGAUUGAUGAAGAAGAUGGAUAAACUUUUCCAAUUCCUAAUUCAUGAGCACCGAAAAAUCAGGACCAAAUCAAAUGUAUCAUUGGGUGAAUCAAGCGGAAGUGCAGUUGAGAGGAAGAAGAAGACUUUGAUUGAUGUUAUGUUAUCACUGCAACAAGAGGAAGCUGAAGGGAGAAUAUGGGAGAAGUUCUAUCUCAAGAUUUGA